CUUGCCUUCGCCUUGGUUUGUGACCCCCAAGAGAAUCUAUCGUUGGCCGAAAUCACCCUGCGCCGCCUGGCCCCCCGCCUGCUCACCUCCCUGCGCCUCCUCGGCCCCGGCGCCGACGUCCUGCUCCGACCCGAGACCACCGACAUCCUCCUCGAUCGUCUCCUGCCCCACGGGCAGAUGCUUUUCCUCAACGAACAUUUCCUCCAG